UUGCUUUUAACCGGAAGUAGCCUUUUAUGCAUCGUUCUGUUCUGUCAGUGAUCAGGAAGCGCAGACGUAAAACGGUGCAAAUCAUGGACCGUCAUAUGAUGUGAUAUGUCAACGGUGCCAAGUUUGAAGUUGCCUUAGUCCAGGACACAGUGGACCAGGAUGGCUCUAAUAGAGGGGGUGGGUGAUGAGGUCACCCUGCUCUUUGGAGUGGUGUUCCUGGUGCUCGUCCUGGUUCUGGCCUGGGCCUCCACUCACACUGUUGAACCCCCCGAACACCUGCUCUCACCUAGCCCAGGUGCCGCCCCCUCCACAGAGACUGACAGCCAAGAGCCACUCCCCCCAGGUAACACGGACUCGUCGCCCGGUGAUGUCAGGGAAACUAAUAAGAGUGAACCUGGAACUGUAGCGGGAGCGGAGGGGCAGGCCCUGGAUGGCAUUACGGCUGGAGGAGGUGAGGGAGGGAUCUUGGAGGAAGAAGAGAUUGGGAGCGAUGGUUUGAGACAUCGAGGGGCAGCUGGUCCCUCAUCUACUACAGCCAGCGACCCAAAUGCCACACAGCCUUCGGCCGAAGAGGCACUGAACGACACUCAAAGGAACAUGGUGCUCAGGCUGAAGUUCUUGAAUGAUACGGAAAGGACAGCGCAAGUUAAUCCUCAAGACACGAUUGGAUAUAUUAAAAGGACUUACUUUGCUGGACAGGAACACCAGGUUCGUCUGAUUUACCAGGGCCAGCUUCUUCAGGACGAUGGGCAGACGCUGUCGUCUCUCAACCUGGCCGACAACAGCGUUCUUCAUUGCCACAUCUCUCAGCAUGCUACCCGAGCGAUGCCCGCGGGUGCUCGUGCUGCUGAUCAGGUGCAUGUGGCACUCAACAUUGGCAGCCUCAUGGUGCCUCUGUUUGUUCUUAUGCUGUCUGUGCUCUGGUAUUUCCAAAUCCAGUACAGGCAGUUCUUCACAGCACCUGCCACAGCCUUACUUGUGGGCUUCACCAUUUUCUUCAGUUUUGUCGCGUUUGGGGUAUAUCGCCGUUGAUGGCCGUUUUUGUCCAAUCACGUUCAGCAUAUACAAGUUUGCACACAUACAGAUAAAUAUUCUUUGCACUUGUUCACUUACCAGUGCCAGUGGCAAAAUCGUCUGGGAUUUCUGAACUCUGCAGGUUUGCUGAAGACUGUGAUUUCAGAGGUACAUCUCUGAGGUAUUUGUUUGAUUAAAGUUUUUGUCGAAUUUUUUGUUCACCGUUUUUGCCAUUUUCAUCUGCACCAAGUUUACGCUUGUCACAGAUAGGAAUAUGCUAUAUGUUUGAUUUUGAUUUUAAAAUAGAUAUGCUUAUUGUGCCUGUCAUCUUUCACUUAUUUUUCAUGUGCAUGCUGCCAGUGUAAAACUGGGGCUUGCUGAUAAGAGGGGUAUAUGAAAUGGUGUUUUGGCUGUCCAAGUUUCAAGCAGGGGCUCACCUGGCUGGCUGUCAGGCUCAAACUGUACUGUAGUAAAGCAAGGCAGGCAGAACUGCUCUAAUAUCUUGGGACAUUUAAAAAUAAAUUGUGUACAAUAUGGCUUUUGAAACAGAGAAAUAAUCUAUUAAAUCAUUCUUUUAUUUAA